AAUACUGUAGUAUCCAUUACUACACAUAACCUCAAAUUAAUGGACAUUUUCUCCGCAUUAAUUUAAACAAUAAAAACUUUAUGGCUUUAUCUGCAGCUAGCAAAUCAUUUCUUUUGCUCGGCGAAUGUGUUCCCUGCCUGAAACACAAUGCUUCCAAGUUUAAAAUAAGACGAUUCGAACUGGACACUAACUUGUUAAUGUAUUUCAGGAAAGUGGACUUUGUUUAUGCUCUUGACCCUGAAAAGAAAUGUAAAACAGGCGACAUAGUGCUUAUUGAGAAGUGCCCGGAACAGUUGACACGUUUAAUUACACAUAAAAUAAACCAAAUAGUUUAUCCUCUGGGGGAUGUUGUAGAUCCUUUGACAGGUAAACGAGUUGUCGGUGGCAAAUUUAGAGAGCACACGGAAGCAGUCAAUCAAGUAUAUGGCAAAAUGCCUACUGCAUUUGAAUACGAUUCAGCUCCAGACAGAGGAUGGUUAGAAGAUGUAAAGGACUUCAGUCAUGUGGACACUUAUGUUAAGUACCACGAAAGUGGAGAAGAUCAACCACAUGCAGUGUAGCCUUCAAAUUGUUAAUAAAGUAGUUUAUUGAGCAGAAAA